GGUUCUGUAGUUCUGUACUUCUUUAUUACCUAAACUCUCCCGUUACCUGUCACAGUGUCUUUAAAAGGGAGUUUACUAAAGGGUGGUAACAGUAAGUACCCAAGACUUCUCCAGGCUACAAACUUCCACAAGAUACUUUAGAUAAGAGAAUCUAACCAUAGAGAUGAUGCAGGCUACUGAAGCAGUGGUGACACAAGUUAACAGAUAUUGGCUGAAGCAGCAGGAACAACCAGAAUUUGAUGAUGUUGCCAUUUACUUCAGCAAGGACGAGUGGGGCAGUUUAAAUGAUGAGGAGAAAGGGCUUUACAAGGAGGUGAUGAUGGAGAAUUACCUGAGCCUUUGCUUUCUGGGAUGUGUCGGUGUGAAACCUACGGUUGUAGCAAAGCUUGAGCGCGGGGAGGAGCCAUUUAUGACAAGUGUUCAGGAGCAGGCGGAGGAGCCGAUUACUCUCUUUCCUGCAAUAGAUGAAUCUACAAUCUGGACAAUUAGUGCAGAACAUCAAUAUGCUAUUGCAUAUAUCAAGGAAUAUAGCAAAGAAGAGAACAAGACCACACAAUUUCACAAAAACAUUUUCCUAAAUAAGUAUAUUUAUAAUUCACAAGCAUGCUCGCCACAAACUAUUCAUCAAAAUAAGGAAACAUUUAAUUGUUCUGAACUUGUUAAAAAAUGUUUUGCUAAGAACACUCCCCUUCUGAACUAUCAGAUGAUUCACACUAUGAAAGAGCCAAUGACUUGCCCUGAAUGUGGAAAAAUAUUUGCUCGUAAAUCAAAUCUUGUUCGACAUCAGAAAAGCCACACAGGGGAGAAACCAUUCUCAUGUUCUGAAUGUGGGAAAUGUUUUACAAGUAAGGCAUAUUUUCUAAUUCAUAAGGAAACUCACAUGGGUAAAAUACCAUUUACCUGUCUUGAAUGUGGUAAAUGUUUUAGUGUGCAGCAAUCCUUUGUUAGACAUCAGAGAAUUCACACUGGAGAGAAGCCAUUUUCAUGUUCAGAUUGUGGGAAAUGCUUCAGACAGCAGUCAUGCCUUAUCACUCAUCAGAGAAUUCAUACAGGGGAGAAGCCAUUUUCAUGUUCUGAAUGUGACAAACGGUUUACUCAGCGACAAGCACUUAUUCGUCACGAAAUAAUUCACACGGGAGAGAAACCAUUUUCAUGUUCUGAUUGUGGGAAAAGUUUUACCUGCCGCCCAAACCUUCUUGCUCACCAACGAGUUCAUAUGGAGGAAAAGCCAUUCUCAUGUUCAGAAUGUGGCAAAAAUUUCCAUCAACAAUCAAAGCUUCAUAAACAUCAGAAAAUCCAUACAGGAGAUAAACCGUUUUCAUGUGUAGAAUGUGGAAAAUGUUUUGUCCAACAAUCUGAUCUUAACAAACAUCAAAAGACGCAUACACGAGAAAAACAAUUUUUAUGUUCUGAAUGUGGGAAAUGUUUUACCUGUCUCCCUAAUCUUAUUAUGCAUGAGCGAAUACACACAGGAGAAAAACCAUUCUCAUGUUCUGUGUGUGGGAAAUGUUUUAUCCAACAAUCGGACCUUAAAAAACAUCACCAGACUCAUACAGGAGAGAAACACUUUUUAUGUACUGAAUGUGGGAAAUAUUUUAGUAGCAAAUCAUAUCUUGUUAUACAUAAGGAACUACACACAGGGAAUAAGCCAUUUUUGUGCCUUGAUUGUGGAAAAUGUUUCAGUCUACAUAGAAACCUUAUUAGACACCAAAAACUUCAUACCACAGAGUGACCAUUUGUAUGAGCCAAUAGUGGGAAAUGUCAACAAUGGCAGUUUUACUCAAGCCAUCUUCCUUUUUGGUGCUGCACCAUUAGCAGGGCCCAGGCUCCACCUCCAGAUGUCUCCAGUUUUAAUAUUCUGCACAAGUAAACUGAGUCAGCCUCCACUCCAAAUAAUCAAUUUAGUCGGUAACACAAAAACAUAAAAUCAUUGGAAAAUUAGACAUUGUGUGUAAUUCAUAGUGUUUUGUUGAAAGUCAGUUAACAGUUUCCAAAAUAAACAAUCCUGUUAUUCAGUUGCA